AUGUACUGGCAUAUUAUUAUGUCCUACAUACAUACCAUUAGAAACUUUGAUGGUACAUUGUAUGUGUGUGAUAUGAUGAUGAUGAUGAUGAUGAUGAUGAUGAUGAUGUUGAUUUUGUCGUCGGCUCUGAACUCACAGAUGCGACCUGGCGACCGUUCAACGUCCACGUCACCGAUAAUGACUAUUGCGAUGCGUCGUAAAGCUGUAACUCGUUAUGCAAUUUGUUGUCGCACAACAAGUACACCUAACUGA